AUGAUGCUGCUGGAGCUCCAGGACGAAACAGAUCCUGUCAGAAACCAGACGCUGGAAGUGACGGAGACUCACCUGGCUGCUGCUGUUGUUUGUGUUCAGACUCUGGCGGUGAGCCGACAUCUGGGCACCGGCAGCUACAGCUGGCAGUUCUUCCAGGCCUACUGCAACAGCAAACUCUGCAACGUCCUCUUCACCCACGAACUAGCCAAGAGGCUGCAGGGGAGCAGCGUCACCUGCUACAGCGUCCACCCAGGUAUCGUUCGGACCGAGUUGUCCCGUCACGUCAGCCUGUGGCAGAAGGUUUUCAUCGAGCCGUUGGCCCGGCUGCUGUUCCUGGACCCGGAGGCCGGAGCUCAGACCACGCUGCACUGCGCCCUGCAGGAGGGAAUCGAACCUCUGAGCGGACGAUACUUCUCCUGCUGCGAGGUGCAGGAAGUGUCGGACCGAGCCAAAGACGACGCCGUGGCCCGGAAACUGUGGGAGGUCAGCGAGAGUCUGUGUGGACUGUCUUCAUAAGGUCACCGUGGAAUACAGUCACUGUGGGGUGCUCUAAACCCACAGUGACUGUAUGGGAUGUCCUCAUAUAGCCACUAUGAUAGACACCCACAGACCCAUAUAUAUAUA